AUGUCUCUGAGAGGGGAUGUGUGUGUGGUGACUGGAGCUUCUGGAUUCCUGGGGAAAAGACUGGUCCGGCUGCUGCUGGAGGAAGAGAAAAUUGCUGAGGUUCGACUGCUGGACAAACGUGUACCCCCCCAACUUGUACAGAUUCUGGAGGACUGUAGAGGUGACACAAAGGUGAGUGUUUUUGAGGGGGACAUCAGGGAUGGAGAUUUCCUACAAAAAGCCUGCCGAGGCGCAUCGAUCGUCUUCCACAUCGCAUCCAUCAUUGACCUGACUGGAUCAGUGGAGGACAGCGAGAUGUAUGGGGUCAAUGUCAAAGGAACACAGCUGCUCCUAGAAGCGUGUAUUCAAGAGAACGUGGUGUCCUUCAUCUACACCAGCACCAUUGAGGUAAUGGGCCCAAAUGCCAAAGGUGAACCUAUAAUCAACGGCAAUGAGGACACAUUUUACAACUCCUCCCUGAAGUUUGCCUACAGCAAAACCAAAAAGGAGGCUGAGCAGAGAACCCUCCGGGCCCACGGCGAGAUGCUCAAAAACGGAGGCCGACUGGCCACCUGUGCCCUCAGACCCAUGUACAUCUUUGGAGAGGGUUGUCGCUUCCUCCUGGGCCACAUGGGUGAUGGGAUACGAAACAAGGAUAAGCUGUUCCGAAUGUCUUUACCAGAAGCCCGUGUGAAUCCUGUCUAUGUGGGUAACGUGGCUGUGGCUCACAUCCAGGCAGCCCGCAGCCUCAAAGAUCCACCAAAAAGAAAUGCAAUCGGAGGAAAGUUUUACUUCAUUUCAGAUGAUACACCACCCGUGAGUUAUUCGGACUUCAACCACGUCGUGAUGUCACCUCUGGGCUUCCGCAUUCAAGAGAAACUCCCGAUGCCGCUCGGCCUGUUCUACAUGUUCUGCUUCUUUUUGGAGAUCAUGUGUGCGAUUCUCCGCCCUUUUAUACACAUCGCUCCACCUCUGAACCGGCAGCUCCUCACCAUGUUGAACACACCGUUCACCUUCUCCUAUCAAAAAGCUAAGAGGGACCUGGGAUACAUCCCCAGAUACACCUGGGAGGAAGCACGCAAAAGCACCAUGGAAUGGCUUGCCUCCCAGUUGCCACAGGAGAGGGAAAGAAAAAAAUAA